ACUGUCAAUUUACGGUUGAAUGGUUGGAGUUUUUAAAACCUUUUGCAAUAAAAUCGGCUCCAAGCGUCUAAAAUCACCUGAACGUAAAUUUGUUCAAAUUUCCGAUUUAAUGAUAGCCUUUUCCUUCAGGCCGUUGUAAACCUAUACGAACGGCAUAAAUAUGAUGUUAUUGACACUGAUUUAACCACUAUUUACACGAAGGUUACCCACAACCUUGUAUCUCGAUUCCGGUCUCGAUGCGUUUUCCUUUAUAUAUCACACGUAUACCAUAACCGAUCAAGAAGUCACGAUGGAAGCACCAAGAAUCACCCUUAACGAUGGCAAUCAGAUACCAGUAGUUGGUUUGGGAACCUCACAGGAGCACGGUGACGUGGUAGUUCAGGCGAUAAAGGACGCCAUCGACGUCGGUUACCGUCACAUCGACUGCGCGUACGCCUACAAUAACGAGAAGAGUGUUGGAAUCGGAAUUAAAGCCAAGAUCGACGAUGGAACCGUAAAACGUUCGGAUCUCUUCAUCACGAGUAAACUAUGGAAUACUUUUCACCGUCCGGGAAUUGUAGAGCAUGCCUUACGAACGUCGCUCAAAAAUUUAGGUUUGGAUUAUGUAGACCUUUACUUGAUCCACUGGCCGAUGGCCUUCAAGGAAGUAGACCCCUUCGAGGAAGGCGCACCCAAAGAAAUCGAGUUCGCAGACUACGAUUACGUCCCCACCUGGAAGGCGAUGGAGGAGCUUAAGAAAAAGGGUUUGGCAAAAUCAAUUGGUCUCAGUAACUUCAACAAGCAUCAGAUCGAAAGGGUCCUAGAAAAAGCCGAAAUCACACCAGCGACCCUUCAGAUGGAAUCCCAUCCGUACUUAACGAUAAACAAGGUGAUUGAGUUCUGUCAGUCAAAGGGCAUACACGUUGUCGCCUACAGCCCGUUCGGUUCUCCGGGUCGCUUCGCAAACAAUCCAAACUUUCCGCGUCUGCUGCAGGAUCCCCGACUGAACGAGCUCGCCAAGAAGUAUUCCAAAUCUCCGGCCCAAAUCGUGUUAAGGUGGCAGAUACAGAGAGGAGUCGUGGUAAUUCCCAAAACGGUGCAUAAGAAUCGAAUGAAAGAGAACCUGGACAUUUUUGAUUUCGAAAUUAGCAAAGAUGACAUGAGCGUUAUUACGGCGUUUAAUUCAAAUUUCAGAUUCGUCCAUUUUCAAUCGGGCAGUACCCAUCCACUGUAUCCUUUCAAUGACGAGUACUGAUCAACAAUCAAGGAUUUGAAAAGCGUGGAGAAUAUCUCUUUAAUAAACAAUGUUAUAGAUAG